AUGUCUUCCGGUUCCCCUAGCCGUGGUGGUCCUGCCAGCCCUGCCAGAUCCCGCUCGGGAUCUCAGCCUAAGCAUGGCUUCGGACCUUCCAUGGGGUUCGACCCAGCGAAGCCCGAGGGCGGUGGUCCCAGCAAGGAUCACGUCAACUCUCGUAUCGACCCGCCCCCAGAGUCGUACCUCAAUGCCGGGGAGACUCCCUUCAUUCGCAGACCCGGUUACAAUACCUCUGGCAAGGUUAUCAACUUGGAGGUCAACCAGUUCCGCGUGAAGCAGUGGAACGACAGGAUGACCAUCUACCAGUACGAUGUGUCGAUCUCGCCCGUGCCCCUGAAGUACAAUGUGGUGUUCAAGAAGGUUUGGGACUCUCCGCCUGUCCAAACCAUGCUGGCGAAGUACAAGACCCUCUGGUUGAACGAUGGCCGCAAGUUGGCUUGGUCGUCGGUUCCUAUCAACCGUGGCGAGGAGCGCUUGAAGGUUGACCUUGACGAGGGCAAGCCCGUUCGUCCCAAUGCAAAGCCGCGCGACAAUUCCUUCUUCUUCGUCAUGAAGGAGACGAAGAAGAUCAACCUGGCGGCUCUUGAGGCAUACCUCACCGGCAAGAUGGACUGGGACAGCACUGUUCUGGAGUGCAUGAACUUCCUCGACCACCUAGUCCGCCAAUUCCCUAGCGAGAAUCUUCUCUCGAUCAAGCGCAAUUUCUACAACGAGCGCAAUCCGCAGACCAUGGAUCUUGGCCCCUGCUUGCAGGUCGUCAAGGGUGUCUACUCGUCGGUCCGGAUGAACCAAUCGGUUAUUGACAAGUUUGGUCGAGGGCUCGGUCUGAAUGUCGACGUUGCCAACACGGCAUUCUGGAAGGGAGACAAGCUGUUGCAUCUCUUCGUCAGGGACUUUCUGGGUACCUGCGAUCGCAGAUGGCAGGGCUUGAGCCCGCCGGACAUCGCCAAGAUCUUGAAGCCAGUGCGCCAGCAGGACAAGAACGGCAAGGCGGUACUCACGAUGUCUGAUGCUUUCAAGCACCUGAGGAAGCUGGCGAAGCUUCGAUUCUGCCCCAAGCACCGCGGCAAGGAGAACUGGGACAAGUCUUACACCAUCAAGGAGUUCGCAUUCAACCCAACCUACGGUGACAGCGGUGCUACUACUGACAGUAUCGUCUUCACGAACAACGGCGAGGAAAUGAACAUUACGAAGUACUUCGAGAAGACCUACGGUUACAAGGUUCUGUUCCGUGACUGGCCCGUUGUCGAGACCGCAAAGGCGGGCUUCUUCCCCAUGGAGGUUUGUGUGGUCGCUGCUAUGCAGCGCUACAAUUACAAGCUUGACCCUGAUCAGACCUCGGCAAUGAUCAAGGCUGCUGUCACUCGUCCCACCCAGCGCAAGGCGGACAUCAUCAAGGCGAAGAACCAGUUGGCAUGGAAGGAGGACCCCUAUCUCCGCCAGUACGGUGUUAUCUUCGAGGACCAGAUGGCUAAAACUGUGGGCAGCCUGCUUGAGCCCCCGAAGAUUCAGUAUGCCAACAAUGUGGUCAGCCCCGUCUUCUCUGGUCGCUGGGACUUACGCGGCAAGAAGUUUUGGGUUCCCAACCGUGCUCCUUUAGCAUCCUGGGGUAUCGUGAUUCUCGAGAACUCAACCAACAAAGCCAGUGCUCAGGCCUUUGCACAGACAUUCAAGCAGACUUACACUAGCCAUGGAGGCAAGAUUACUAAAGAUGCCGUCGUGAUUGACAGCGAGGCCCGUAACAACAAUGUUGCUGAAGCAAUUGCUAGGGCAUAUGCCCAGGUCAAGGCGAAGACUAAUGCUGUUCCGCAGCUACUCUUCUGCAUCUUACGGUUCAACAACGUUGGCUCUUACGAGCGAAUCAAGAAGUCCGCCGAUUGUCGAUUCGGCUUGCUUACUCAGUGCGUUCUUUCACGCCAUGUUGACAAGAACCAGGCCCAGUACCAUUCCAAUGUGGCUAUGAAGGUCAACGCGAAGCUUGGAGGCGUUACCUGCCGUAUCCCUCACCCGUCCGGUCCUUCUAACAAGAACCCUCCUUUCUUUAAGGAAGUCACUAUGAUGAUUGGAGUAGACGUUUCCCACGCAACUCCUGGAAUCGACGCUCCCUCGAUGGCAGCGAUGACUAUGUCGAUGGAUGCUGACGCCACGUUCUACUCGGCUGCUGUUGAGACCAACGGCUACCGCGUUGAGAUGCUUUCUCCAGUCAGUGCCCGCACUUUCCUUGGUCGUCUCAUGCCCACCUGGCACAAGCGUAUGGGCCACCCUGCGCCUCCUCCCCACAUUGUCUACUUCCGUGACGGUGUCUCUGAGGGCCAGUACUCACAGGUGUUGGAGUACGAGGUGGGAACGAUGAAGAACAUCAUCAAGAACAUCUACCCCACCGCCAAGCAGCCCAAGUGGACGGUCAUUGUGGCUACAAAGCGCCAUCAUAUUCGAUUCUUCCCUCAGAAUGGAGACAAGAACGGCAACCCUCUUCCCGGAACUGUCCUUGAGAAGGAGGUCUGCCACCCUUUCUGGUGGGACUUCUACAUGUGCUCGCACGUGGCCAUUCAGGGAACUGCUCGCCCUGUACACUACACCGUUCUGGUGGACGAGGCGAAGAUGGGCACGAAUGAUCUUCAGCGCAUGAUCUAUGGCCAGUGCUACCAGUACGCUCGCUCGACGACUCCUGUCUCCCUUCACCCGGCGAUCUACUACGCUGAUCUCGCCUGUGGUCGUGCUCGCGCGCACGAGAACAUUGCUACCUCUCAGGGCUUCCGCUCCGGCCCCAAGGCGACGGAAAUGGCUGACGAUUACGGCUCCCGCGGUCUUAGCAUGUUCGAGGGCGAGCGUCCCACCGAGUCCCUUCCCCUGCUGCCUCUUGGUGGCAGUGGCCCUGACUCUGACCCCCAGGCAUCUGACAUGUUCAAGAACACCAUGUGGUACAUCUGA